CAAUAAGACCAGGAGCGAGCAAGCAUUGAUUUUCCUUGGCUUUCGUUUGCUCUAUUUGACGACUUCUUGACUAUAAGGACGUCAAUUACUUCGAUAUCAAAUCACCAAGUGGCUACUUGGGGUACGGUGUGCGGGGCCACAAAUUAUCAAGCAGCACUUCUGCUGCCUUUUUGACGCGACCAGUGCAGGAUAGUCAACAGUUUGCAUAGCGAUAUCUCUAAGCUUUCGGGGCGGAGUCUUGCGCUCGGGGCGGAUUAGUUUUGCUGGGGCGGCUUGCAGCUCCCGCUUUCCGCGCCACGACACCCCGCGCCUCUGAGAAAUGCGGUCCAUGGCGGGACCGGCGUCCGUUCCGGCGCUAGGCGCAUCCGGCGCCAGUCUCGGACUUGGCAGGUGCCCUCCGGCCUGGCAGCGCGGCGGCGGUGCCAGGCGCACGCGCAUCUACAGCGGCAACUGCGCCUGGCCCCAACCUGCGGCCCUUCCUGCGACGGCUCAGCCUACCCUGCCCAUUUCCACCCGGUAUCGCGGCUGCUGCGCGGCAGUAGCCGCAACCCCAGCAGCUGCUACAGCCGCUGCAAGGUCAUCCACGGCAGUAGCCGCAACCCUGGCGCCUGCCAGCAGUCAAGCGCGCGGCGCCGUGCGGCUUCACGCAACCGGCGGCAGGGGGAGAGGCAGUGGCAGCAGCAGCAGCAGCAGAGGCAGUAGCACUGGCGGCGUUGGCAGUAGCAGCAGCAGGGGUGGGCGCGCACAGGAGCUCCUAGGUGUGGGUGGGGAGGAGGAGGACGAGGAGGAGGAGGAGGAGGAGGAGGAGGAGGGGGCGUGGGACGAGGAGGAGGAAGGAGAGGAGGGGGUGGAAGAGGACGACGACGAUGGAGCCAAGGUGUUGGGCAGGUCUGUGGUGCAGGUCCACACGCUGCACCGGGUGCCCAACUUCCUGCGGCCCUGGGAGGACGGCCACGACGCCGAGUCCACCAGCAGCGCCUUCGUGGUGGAAGUGGAGGUGGAGGUGCCGGUGCCGCCCUCCCCCUCGCCCUCCGCACCCGCACCCACUGCUGCUGCCGGCAGCGGCGGCUCGGGACUACGGAGCCGGGGGCGCAGCAGCCGCGGGGCCGGGCCUGGUGGGGCGCGGCCGGCGGCGCGGGGGGUGCAGCCCGCUGACGCAGCCGCGGGGGCGGCGGGGCCUGUGGGGGUGUUGACCACUCGGCGUGUGCGUCAGCGGCUGCUCGUGACGACUGCGGGGGCUGUGGAGCACGCGCGCAAGCUGGAGGUGAGCCGCUCCGCGGACGCCGCCGCCGGCCCCUACCCGGCGCACGUGGCGGCGGUGUGCCUGGACCUGGACGUGGCGCUGCUGCGGGUGGACGACCCCGCAUUCUGGAGGAGCGGCAGUAGCAGCAGCGGCAGUAGCAGUGGCGGUGACGGCAGUAGCAGCAAUGGCGGUGACGGCAGUAGCAGUGCCAGUGCGAGGGAGAGGAGGCGGCGGCUGCGGGCGGGUGGCGAGGGCGGCGGCGGCAGUGACGACCAGUCCUGGGCGGCCGAGGAGGCGGGGGCGGGGGCGGGUGCGGGUGGUAGUGAUGAUGAUGAUGAGGCGCUGGUGCCGCUGCAGCUGGAUCGCUCGCUGCCCAACCUGAGGCGGCCCGUGGUGGUGGCGGGCUUCCCGCUGGGCGGCGCAGGGCUGUGCGUCACCAGCGGCGUCGUGUCGCGUGUUGAGGUGGUGGAGUACAGCCACAGCGGGCGGGCGCUGCUGGCGCUGCAGGUUGACGCGCCGAUGAACAACGGCGGCUGGGGCGGUCCGGCGCUGUGCCCCGCCACGGGUCGCUGUGUGGGCAUGGCGUUCCAGAAGUUCACCAGCCAGACCUGGAUGGAGAGGUACGAUGAUGCGGCGCUCGAGAUGUACGGCGGCGGCGGCGACGAAGACGACGACGAGGAGGGCGGCGGCGGCGGCUAUGAAGGAGGCGGGGAGGACGGCGCGCCGGGGCAGGACUACGGCGAUGAGGACGCGGAGAAGAUCGGCUACCUGGUCCCCAGCCAGUCCCUGGCGCUGGUGCUGGAGGACUACUGCCGGGCAGUGGAGGACAGGACGCGACAGGCUGUAGCAGCAGCGGCGGCGGCGGCAGCCGCAGCUGCUACAGCUGCUACAGCCGCACACGGCGGUGGCAGUAGCAGCACUGCUGCGACGGCCUCGGCGUCUGGCGGCCCGCGGCAGCGUGGGGCAGCAGCUGCAGCCACCUCCUCCUCCUCUUCUCCCGCCUCCUCCUCUUCCUCGGCCUCAUCGGCCUCCUCCUCCUCCCCGCUGCUGUAUCUGGACGGGCGGCCGCGGCUGGGCAUUCGCUACCAGCGCAUGGAGUCGCCGGCGCUGAGGCGAGCCUUCGGACUACCCGCCACCGGCAGUAGCAGCAGCGGCAGUAGCGCCAGCGGCAGUAGCAGCGGCAGUAGCAGCGGCAGUGGCAGCGGAGGCAGCAGUAGCAGCGGCGGCAGUGCGGCGCAGGCCUGGCGGUCGGGUGUGCUGGUCACGGGAGUGGACCCUACCGGCUCGGCGGCGGGCGUUGUGCAGGUGCACGACGUGUUGCUGGCGGUGGGCGGGCGGCCCGUGUCGGACGACGCCACCACACCCCUGGCCGCAUCCGCCGCCACCACAGCCCUGGCCGCACCCGCCGCCUCCGCACCCGCCGCCUCCGGCUCCGGCUCCUCCUCCUCUGGGGGGCGGCGGGGCCAGGGGCAGCGUGUGUUGUUCGGGCACUGGGCGGCGGUGGGGCGGGUGGGGCAGCAGCUGGGGCUGACGGUGCUGCGGCAGGGGCAGGUGCUGGAGCUGCCCGUCACACUGCGCGGCGCCGGUUGGCCCUACCUGCCUGUGUCCGUGGGGCCGGCGGGAGCGGCGGCGGCGGCGGCAGGAGCGGCGGCGGGAGGGGCGGGAGCGGGUGCCGUGUCUGCAGCGGGCGGGCCGCGACGGGCUCAGUUCCUGGUGGCUGGUCCGCUGGUGUUCGCGGCCUUCACACUGCCCUACUGGUACCAGAUGGUGGGCUCGCUGCCCGGCAGCGGCUCGGUGCGGCACAUGGGUCGGGCCGCGGCGCGGCAGCUGCAGAGCGGACUGGUGCCGGUGCUGGGGGCGCUGGAGUGGGGCAUGCCGGCGGCGCCAGGCGAGGAGGAGAUCGUGUUGCUGGUGGAGGUGCUCGAGUGCGGCGGCGGCGGCGACGAGGAAGAUGACGAAGAGGAGGGCGAUGAGGAGGUGGUGGAGGUGGAGGUAGAUGCCGGAUCUGGAUCUGGAUCCGGAUCUGGAUCCGGCGGGCGGGCCUCGGCUGCGGGCGAGGCGGCCGCCUGGUCGGCUGAGCUGCGGGGGGCGCCGCGGCGUGUGACGGCAGUGAACGGCCAACAGGUGCGCAGCCUGGCUCACCUGGCGGAGGCGAUUGUCGCCGCUGCACCCGCCUCGGGGACAGCGCCCGCGGAUGCGUCCCAGUUCCUGCGGCUGCUGCUGGAGCCGCACCCGCCCACCAUCACGGCGCCCCCGCACCACCACCACGGCAGUAGCAGCAGCAGCAGCAGCAGCAGCAGCAGCAGCAGCAGCAGCAGCGGAGCUGAUGCAAGCAUUAGCAACAACAGCGACAGCAGCACUAGCACCAGCGCUAGCGACGGCAUUAUCAGCACCGAUACUAGCAGCACCAGCACUAGCAGCACUAGCAGUAGCAGUAACGGCAGCAGCAGUAGCAGCAGCAGUAUCGGCGGCACGGUGGUUGUGUUGGACUGUGGGCGGCUGGCGGGCGACACGCGGGCGGUGCUGCGCCAUCACGCCAUGAGCGCGGCCAUGACGCCAGACCUGCGCAGGCGCCUGGGCACCGCCUGGCCCUUCGAGGGCGGUGCGCAGGCCGGGCAGUCGGGGCCGGGGCCGCGCGGGCGGCGGCAGCAGGGCCGGCGGUUCGCCCUGUCAGGCAGGCGGUAGCAGGGGUAGGCGGCGGCAGAUGGCGGUGAAGGAGGAGGCGGUGAAAGAGGCGGCGGCGAAGAAAGCGGCGGCGAAGGAGGCGGUGGAGGAGGCGGAGGAGACGGUACGCGGUAGUAGCUGUGGCGCGGACGUUGGUGGUGGUGGUGGCGGCGCCCCUUGCGACACGUAUGGUGCGGUGCGUUGCUACAGCCUGGGCGCCGCAGUGGUCGGAACGGCAGUAGCGGCGCCGUGUGGUUGUGGGACCCCCCCCACACACACACCUCCGUGCCACUCCGUUGUCAAGCAUCGGCCACGCUCUCCUCCUUGCUAUAUUGCAUUUGGGUUUGGUUUAGUUUGGGCUGGUAUCUACAACCCUCACCUCCCCCUUGCGUGUGUCCGACGUGGGCCGGUUUGCGUGUCGCAGCAGGACACAAGGGGGUGCGCCUGGUGGGCUGGGUCGGGCGUGAUGGUCGCUGGGCCGACUGGGGUAGUGCCAGGCUUCAGGGCGUGGGAUUCUUCGCAACAACGGCGCAACCAGGCGCCUUGUUACAAGUCGAGGCUGUGUGCACUGGCACAGACAUUGUACCGCUGGUACACAGGGCCCGCAGUGGUACGGUAGUCGUUUGGGGCUCAACGGCCAGCCAACCUACAGGGUUUGGGAUCCGCCGCAUAUACCGUAUCAUGGACAGGCAGGUCCGUUUGAACGCGUGCGUGUGUCGAUGCGGGCAUUGCCGGGUGAUGCUGUGUCGUCACUGUCGUGGCAACACGUGCGGGGUCCCUGGCUAUAGGCGAG